UAGCGGGAGCGGGACGGAAGCGAUUGGUCCCGCCCCCUCGCUCGGUGGGUUCGUGUGCUAGGCCUCCCCGCCCCCCUGCGCUGCUCGGGCCCUGUGGCGUCGGGAUGAGCCGCGUUUCCCCAUGGAGAGCAAACGGGCCGAGAUUCCCAGCAGCGUCCUGGACGAUCUGUGCAGUCGAUUUAUUUUACACAUUCCCAGUGAAGAAAGAGACAAUGCAAUCAGAGUGUGUUUUCAGAUUGAACUUGCCCAUUGGUUUUACUUGGAUUUCUACAUGCAGAACACACCAGGAUUACCUCCGUGUGGGAUAAGAGACUUUGCUAAAGCUGUUUUUGGGCAUUGCCCUUUUUUACUGCCUCAAGGUGAAGAUGUGCAAAGGGUUUUGGAUGAGUGGAAGGAGUAUAAAAUGGGAGUACCAACCUAUGGUGCAAUUAUUCUUGAUGAGACGCUUGAAAAUGUACUGCUGGUUCAAGGAUAUUUAGCAAAGUCUGGCUGGGGAUUUCCAAAAGGGAAAGUAAAUAAAGAAGAGGCUCCACAUGAUUGUGCUGCUAGAGAGGUGUUUGAAGAAACUGGUUUUGAUAUUAAAGAUUACAUCUGCAAAGAUGACUUCAUUGAACUACGAAUCAGUGAUCAACUGGCACGUUUGUACAUCAUUCCAGGAAUUCCAAAGGACACACAAUUCAACCCCAAAACCAGAAGAGAAAUUCGGAACAUUGAAUGGUUCUCAAUUGACAAAUUACCAUGCCAUAAAAAUGACAUGACCCCAAAGUCCAAGCUAGGUUUGGCGCCUAACAAGUUUUUCAUGGCCAUUCCCUUCAUCAGACCAUUGAGAGAGUGGCUUUCUCGAAGGUAUGGAGACUCCUCUGAUAGUGACAAUGGUUUUUCAUCUACUGGGAGCACGCCAUCCAAGCUCAACUUGGAGAAAACAAGAUCCAAACUUCGUUAUAGCCAGCAGAUGUUUCCAGAUGGCUCUCCAGGAGACCAGUGGACAAAAUACAGACAACCACAGCAACAGAAGCCAUAUAACAAUAAUCAUUCUGAGAUAUCUGAAGCUUUAAAAAUAAAGACUCAGAACAUGAGGGGUAAUGGUAGAAAGCAAUAUCAAGAUACUUCUAGCCAAAAGAAGAGGACAAAUGGGGUCCACAGCCAGCCAGCAAAACAGAACAAUACAUUGAAAUGUGAAAAAAAGCUUAAUCCAAGAAGACUUCAGGAUAACUUUGAAACAGCAGAUGCAGCAUAUGAUGUGUGUUUCUCCUUUGAAGACCUGCUGGAACAUACUGAGGGACACUCUGUGGCAUGUAAUGGUCAUUACAAAGUCACUUUCUCAUCAAGAGCGUUUUUGAACUUCAAAUUUGACCAUGAUGCCAUAAUGAAAAGUUUUGACCUCUGUUAGCAAGCCUUUUGUGGAAGAAAAAAGAUCAGAGACUUACCUGUUGCAGCUGAGUGGGUUUCUAAUCCAGCCUUACUCUUUCUCAGGUGUUUUUUUUGUUUUUAAAGCAAUGCAGGGACUGAUUGGUUUGGAAGGGUUUAUUCUCUUUACAGUAUGGAAGUGGCAUAGUGAAGUGUCUCGCUUUUGUGGAUAAAGGCGGAACUGCAUUUAAAAAGUACCUUUCCAGUGUUUGAUUCACUAGUUCCUGCUUUUGCAGUAGAGGGCAUUCUUUUUUUUUAAUAAUAUAACUGAAAUAUUUUAGUGUUGGCUGUGUACUAACACACAACUUUGAACCUUCUCAGAUGUAAAGUUGUUUGCUUAUUUUCUAGACUUUGCUGUAGUAUAGCAAUUAAAGUAAUUCUCAGAGGACACCCAUUUUCUCUAGCCUAGCAAUGUUGAAAUAUUGGAGCAUUUAUUUUAAGUUAUACAUUUCAAGUCUUCUAGUUUGACCUCAAGUUUUGCAGUUCUCCUUUCCUGUCAUCUACGUUAUGUUCUUGCCUCUCUGUCAUGCUUGAACUCCUUUCAGAAUGACUUAUGGUCAGUAGCGCCCAAAACUAAAUCCACAGGGUCCCCAUUCUGUCCUGACUUGCAUCUUUUUCCUCUUCUGUGGAGAUACACUUGCUGCAGUGAUUUGGCUUUUCACAUUAACUUGUUUUCUGUUCUUCCUUUGUGUCGAUUAGAACUGUUCUCCAACAGGAGAAAAUAGGAUGCAAAACCUUUCACUUGCAGCUACUUUAAGAUGGAGGAAGGAAAAGUAAAUUUUGUGGGCAAGAGGAUUAUUACAUAUACUAAAUAUUUGUAUUGUGCUGGAUAUAAAUAAGUUUCUGGUCUCUAAAUAUAAAUAAGGCCCUUCUGAGGAAAGAGGAGAAUUGAGGUAGAUGCAUGGAUGACCAGAGAAUGUCAUGUGCCACUUAGUGGCAUAAUCAAGUUUGCAAUAAUUUUCUAAAUGUCCAUUAUAGUGUUCUAUACGGUUGUCCUUGGAGGCAUCUACUGUAAUGUGUUUUUUCUUUCUCUGUCUUUUUGUCUUUCUCUCUCGUCUCAGCAGCCAGUAACUAUAUUUUGUGUGUCUCUUUUUAAAUAAGUGGAAUGUUCUUUCAGAUUAAGCUAGGUAGGUGUGAUGUAGUCAUUCAGUCCUCUAAAUUAUACAGUUGUCUAUCAGUUGCUGUUCCAAAGCAGCAUCUCUUCUGUGGUCCAAGAAUGUAUGUCAUCCACAGACAACUUCUUAUAUCUUUGGCAUGGUAUCUCUCAAAACUCUGUCCCUGUCUUCUUGCAAGCCCCCUAUAAUAGGUAUUAUAUUUGCUCUCAAUAAAUAAGAUUUAGCUUAUUUUUAUCCUUUAGUCUCUUCCUCCCUUUGGCUCAAGGAAUCUACGAAUUUUUAGUUAAAAUAUUUCCCACUAGGAAAGCUGAACUACUAUAUCAGUUAACAGGAGAAAUAGACUCUAGUUUUUCCAUUAGAAAAUAAGUCCUAGAAUUGGUCAGUUUUAUUUUUAAAAUAAUUAUUCUUCACUUGCUGGUAUCUUACCUGUGACCAUUUUACUUCCACCUCGUGGUGGUGGCUUGGCAUCCCAAAAUAAUGUUCAAUGGUUGCUUAAAUCAAUAAGCCCCAUAGCCUACCUUAAAGCUAUUCGUGUUGCCUAAAUUCUCCUAAAAUCAGUGGGAGUUAGGUACUAGUACAUUUUGAAGAUCUGUGCCUAAAUGCAAAAGUCCUAUCAUUUAAUUGAGAGGGCUAGAUAAUAAAGCAGGGGUGGGAUGAAUGUGUGAAUUUACCUAUUCAAAUCCAAAUGGAAGCAAAGCUUUGUUCAGUCUUUUUCGUUUGUGUCUAGCUCAUAAGGAAUCAAAGUUAGUUGUCAGACCUCCAGGUGGCUCCAGGAAACCUUUAUUUCUAAUAGGUGGGUUCCAAUAUGUUCUUUGUAUGCCUCUUCACUUAAUGCACCAUGGAUUAAAUAAAGGGAGACUGAUAGAGAGCAAUGUCAAUUUUAAACUUCUACUUGAUGACAGUUUGGGAUGUGAAAUUGUAAAAGCAGAAGUGGUAUAAAUAGGAUAUGUAGGUGCUUUACUUGCUGGCAUCGCUGAGUAAAGUGGGGUGUGUGUGGGGGGGGAGGAGGUUAUUGUGAGGAAUCUUCCUCCCCACCCCCCAAAAAAGGGUAUAGAAAACCAGCCUGAUUUUAUGAAAAUUAGCAUCAAAGUGAGUUGAAAAUAAAUGUGAUAAAUAUGCAAUAAUUUCUGUCUUUGUCUCUUAUAAGGGUACUGUUUCAGAAAUCUGAAUUCAAAAUCCUAUUUGUGUUGUCAUAGUUUCUACUUUCUCAAGGUCUCAAACAGGUUAUAUGCCAACACAUUUAGUCUGCUAUCUAUGGAUUUCAAGGUACCCUGCACUGUGAACAUUUCAGAUUGUUUAAUCUUAAGAGGUCUUUUAUGUCCUUGUUAUGUGUUUUAUGCUCAAAACGUUGGCUGAAUGAAUUAAUAAUUUUAUACUUGUAUUCCAAAGUGUAGGAGUACAUUUUACUGGAAUGUCUGUGUAAGACUGUAGAAGCAGCAAAUGAUUGAGUUUUAUCCACUGGCUUUUUGUUCAUUAAGAGAGUGGGUGGGCAUUUGAAGAGAGGCAAGAUAAUCUAGUCAAACUUGGUUGCAAAUGGACUUCGGAGAUCUAGGAGUUUAGCAUGAAGAUGCUUGAAAAACGAGCAUGUCCGUCUUUUGUACUUUGAAUAAAACCCAUUUUAACACUCACCUGCAUUA